AUAACGCCAAUUUCUACUCGCCAACCUAUAGGUAAGACCCAUAUCACGGGGCACAUCACGGGUCUGACACCCGGCCCCCACGGGUUCCAUAUCCACCAGACAGGCAACCUCACCGAGGGCUGCAAGUCAACCGGCGGCCACUAUAACCCUUUCGAGCGCGUGCACGGUGCUCCCCAUGACCACGUUCGCCAUGUCGGUGACUUGGGUAACAUCGUGGCAAACGAGAGAGGCGAGGCCCUUGUGGACAUAACGGACCACCAGGUGACAUUGGUGGGACCCAACAGCGUCGUGGGACGAGCCUUCGUCGUGCAUGAGGGUCGCGACGACUUGGGACAAGGAGGACACGAGACCAGCAAGACCACAGGCAACGCUGGCGGCAGAGUUGGAUGCGGAGUCAUUGCUAGAGCUUGAACUUCAGACGGCGAGGAUUUAAAAACUAUUGACGAUAAUUUUGAAUUAGGUAUAUUUUUUGACGACAAAAGGUUUAGGUUUUGACGACAGUAUUGGGUCACUCAUUCUGACAUAGAAUCGAGAAUGACCUAAUAUAAAAUAUAAUAAAUAAUAUGAAACGACUUGAGAAAGAAACAACAAUCAAUAGUUGAAUUGAUAAUGCCGUGUUCGACUGUUGGCUCCAUAAGACUAACCGAAGCAAGUUACCAACCAAUGCGACCAGUUGAUUUUUAGCACAGCUUGUUGUUGAUUAGAUUCGAAACAUCAAAGUAAUUCCAUGGUUUGGUAUUAUGCAAGUCACAGUGGCAUCAGUGUUAUCUGCUCCACUCAACUUAGCCGUUUCUCUCAUCAAAUGAAGUUGAUAUUUGAUUAAAAAUGAUUUGAGACAAA